AUGGGUCUCUUAUUAACAUUGCAAGAUCAACAAAAUGACUGGAUCUCGACCUUGGUAUUUAUUGUUGCGUUUUCUAUCGGCAUUUCAUCAAUCGCAACCGCCCUAAGGCCGGGUCUUAGAUCCAUCCCAGGACCAACCGUAGCUCGAUUUUCCUCACUAUAUCGCCCAUGGAAAAUAUCCAAAGGAGACGCCCCCGAUUUCUACCGCAGCCUACACAAGAAAUACGGCCCUAUUGUCCGCACGGGACCAAAUACAGUCGACAUCUCGGAUCCCAGGUCACUGCCAAUUAUAUAUGGCAUAAGUAGCAAGUUCGUGAAGUCUGCAUUUUACGAUGUAUUCAAUCCAUUCUUCGAAGACAAAGUCAUGCCGAGCUUGUUCUCCGUGAGAGAUCCAGCUGCCCACCAAGCUCUCCGACGCCCGGUUGCUCAGAAAUUCUCCAUGUCUUCGAUCAAAUCCCUCGAGCCGUUCGCAGAUGAAUGCAGUAAGAUCUUCUUUAACGCCAUGAAAGACUUUGAAGGCCAGAAUAUCGAUCUAGGUGCCUGGCUUCAGUGGUACGCUUUUGACGUGAUUGGGGCGAUUACAUUCCAGCGCCGAUUCGGGUUCAUGGAGAAGCGGGAGGAUGUGCUGGGUAUGAUUGCUGGUCUUGAUGAUGGUUUACGUUAUGCAAGUGUUGUUAGCCAGAUUCCAAGGCUUCAUCACUGGUUUAUGGGUAAUAUUCGGGUUGCCACAUUCAUGGCAGCGCAACCAUUUGUAAAAAUGCCGGAUCCGCUGAGAACGAUGGUCCAAAAGUUCACUCAAGAAUGCAUUGACGAUUACGAUCGCGAAACGCCAGGGAAACAUGGAGAUCGGCCUGACUUUUUGGCUUGGCUUCGAGGUGAGGAAGCCAAGGGCAGGCCCAUGUCCAAUCGCGAUAUGAUGAACCACCUCAGCAAUAAUCUCCUUGCCGGAAGUGACACAACCGCCAUUUCCCUUCGCGCAAUCAUAUAUUACCUCGUCCAGAAUGGUAAGGUGUACAUGAGGCUCCAGAAAGAGAUUGAUGAUGCAGACAAAGCUGGCAAGCUCUCUGACUAUGUCACCUACGCGGAGUGCCUUGAGCUACCCUAUUUACAAGCAGCCAUGAAAGAAGCAAUGCGAUGCCACCCCGGUGUGUCCUUCCCAUUGGAGCGAGUUGUUCCAGAAGGCGGAACCGUUCUCUGUGGGGUCCCCCUCUCAGCGGGCACUAUCGUCGGAAUGAAUCCGGCGGUGGUGCACCACGACAAGACGAUCUUCGGUGAUGAUGCCGAGGCAUUCCGGCCCGAGCGGUGGAUAAACUCAAGCCAAGAGCAGAUUAAGCUCAUGGACCGCCAUUUGAUGACUAAUUGGAAGUUUGGCAAUGGAUCCCGGACUUGUAUAGGUAAGAAUAUUUCAAUUAUGGAAAUGGGGAAGUUGAUUCCUCAGUUGAUGCGGCAUUUUGAGAUUGAGUGGGCGUCAGAUCAGCCUGAGUGGCGUGUUGAGACAUUUUGGUUCGCUAAGCAGCGCGGUUUAACCUGUCGGUUGAGAUCUCGUCGCUAA